CUGCGUCGGAACACAUUGUUUAUUUCAAAUUUCACAAAUCGGCGACAUUUUUUUUUGUGUACAAACAACGAAACGUUAGCCGUUUAUUUGCUGUGUUAAGUUUAAUGUCAAAUAAUUGUGCGAAAGUCAAAGGCAAAAAAAAGUGUCAAAACAUGGUUGAUAAGAACAAACUACAAACGUAUUUGUCGAACCGCCCAAUUGGGCCGAUCUUUCAUAAUUCCAAGGAGAAAGACGAUUUGGAAGCAUUAAAACUCAUGUGCGUUCUGGACUACUAUGCGACAAAUCGCAAGUUAUACCCGAUAAUCAUGGCCCAACCAAAGCUGCUGCAACAUUUAAUGCAAUUAAAUUCGUACAGUUCUUUCCAAUAUUACAAUUGUCAAGUGAAUCAUGCAAUCGGCGAACGUCAAUUUCAAUGUGCAUUUUGUGAACUUUUGGGACCGUAUGCAUUGAUUAUGACACACAUGGCGAUUAACCAUGAUUCGCAUAUGAGCCUUAAAAUGUGCGCUUAUUGCAAACGAGAAAGUGUUGUCGAUCACAAUGCGAAUGGAACUCUGGAAGUUUGUUACAACCAAUAUUUGAAGAAGUAUGGCAUUGAUUUGGCCAACGACGAAAAACUGAAAAUUGUUACCGAUUUCUACAAAUUGCUAAAAGAUUUAGCUGAAAGCCUUAAUGUAGUUAUUCAACGAGUUGAACAUUUCACGGGACGAUUCCAGCCACGGACUGAACAAAUUCCACGAAAAAUUCCAAAUUUUCCAACUACGUGUAUGGUCUUUACACCGAGACGCAGCUCAAAAAAAAUGAAAUCGGACAAAUUGGAUUAUUUGUUUAACAUGGUGGUGGGUUUUGUUUUUGGGGGGAAUGGAGUUUCGCGAUUAAAAAGCCGUGCCAAAUCCCAAGAAGAUGUUGAAAUUGUUGUUAUCGACGAUGAUGAUGAUGAUGAAAACACCAACAAUAGAAAUCCACAAAAUGCAUCCGAUGCACCGUUUGUGACGGUAAAAAUUGAGCGCUCGGACGAUAAAAAUGUCGCGACAAGUGUACACGAUGUUCCAGUGACAUUGAAUGAAAUGGCGAAAGACAAUGACGAAUCGCGAGAACGAAUUGCGGUUGCAUCUACACAAUGUGAACCACAGUCGAAUGCCACUGAUUUUACACGGGACACAUCGGAAAUAGAACCACCGGCAAAUAUUCAUGAAAAUUUAUCGACGGCAAAUGACGGUCAAAACGAAAAUACAAUGCAAAAAUGCAAAUUGGAACCCAAUGAAACUGAAUUGUUUGGCCGUUUUGUGACAAACCGACUAAAUCAAUUAAAAAAUCCCAACAAACGACGCAAACUAGAAUUGCGUAUUCAACAAAGCAUCGUCGAAAUAGAAGAAGAAGCUCUGGAUGAUUAAAAUAACUAAGUCGGAUUUUUAGUGAUAGAUUAAAGACGAAAGACAAAAAAAAAGUUUAAUUUUUCAAAAUCAUAAAAUAUUUCAAUAGAAUUGAAUUGAAUUCAUUCACAGAUUUUCCCUCCAAUAUUUUAUACUUAACGUUUCUAGCUAAACUAACGUUUUUAACUAAGUCCAAUUGUCCAUAUAUUUAUAAUCAAGUUAAAUAGUAUGAAACCAACAAAAAUUCCUAAAGAUAAAACACACAGAGAUAGAGAGAAAAUAAUCACAAUUUAAAGUACAUUUCCUGUAUCUGAAACAAAAUUAUGACAAAUACAAAAAAAUAAAUAUUUGCAGAGAAGGAAACAU